UCUCUACACCAGAGCAAAGCACGUCCUUUUAUGUCUCACUUCCCAAAGACCGAACAUCAAACACCUUUCCCCACCUUCAAUUUCCUUUUGCCGCCUCCGCCAUUGACAUCCCCCUCCAAACUCUCUCUCUCCCUGCGCGAGAGAGCAAAUGCUCUUGCUCGUCCCCGUUUCCCUCGCUGAGGACCAGCAAUGAAGCCGCCUCCUCCUCCACCUAGUGCUAGACCUCCGUUACUGCGCCCGUAGCGCGCGCACCAAACCAAGCCAAGCCAUGCGCGACCUCGCGAGGAGCACAAUUCGCGCCGCGCGGGGCGUCAGAAGACGCGUCCUUGAUUGUCUCUACCUCUUGCCCACUUCCUUCUAUGCUCUGCUCCUCUUGCUCCUCCUGGCUUACAAUGCCGCCUCCAUAUUCUCCGUUCGAGUCCCCAGCGACCCACUUCAAAUACUGCCUCCUUCUUCUUCUUCACCUUCAGCUUCCAAGAUUUCUUCGAGCAAUGUCAUGUACGCCAUUCGGGAAGAGCAUCCGCCUCCGGUCUCGAAGACCCGCUUGGCCCUUUUGCGGAAAGACGAGAUUUUGGUCAGACCCGUCAACGGUUCCUCGGUGUCUAGGCCGGAGAGAGGGCGGCACAGACCCAGGCGUGGGGCCAGAACGCUGCGGCUCGGGGCUCAGUCGAGAGGGUUCGCGGCGAGAGUGAAUGGCUUCUUUGGGACUUGCGAGGUGAGGUUCUUCAUGACUUGGAUCAGCUCGCUCGAGUCGUUUGGCGAUAGGGAGCUGUUCGCGCUGGAGAGCCUGUUCAAUUCGCACCCGGACGGUUGUUUGGUAAUCGUCUCGAGCUCGCUGGAUUCAAACGAGGGCCGUGAGAUUCUGAGGCCAUUUCGGGAUAAGGGUCACAGAGUGAUGGCAAUUUCACCCAAUUUCGGGUACUUGUUCAAGGACACUCCCGCUCAAUUGUGGUUCAAGAGGUUGAAGAGAGGGAAUUUGGAUCCUGGUGAGGUUGCUCUGGGCCAGAACCUCUCUAAUCUGCUCAGGCUUGUCUUGCUGUACAAGUUUGGUGGGGUAUACAUGGACACCGAUGUCGUAGUGUUGAAGCGCAUGUCCAAACUGAGGAAUGUGAUUGGGGCUCAAACGCUUGACCUCGAGACCGGGAACUGGAGCAGGCUGAACAACGCUGUCCUGGUGUUCGACAAGAGCCACCCGCUGCUCUUCAAGUUCAUCGAGGAAUUCGCGCUCACGUUCGACGGCAACAAGUGGGGCCACAACGGGCCGUACCUGGUGUCGAGGGUCGUCUCGAGGGUGAGCGGGCGGCCCGGGUACAACUUCACCGUGCAGCCGCCGUCGGCGUUCUACCCGGUCGACUGGAGCCGGGUCCGGAGCCUCUUCAGGGGGCCUCGAGGUCACUUGCAUUCAAAGUGGCUGCGCAAUAAGCUUAGGCACAUAUUGAGGCAGAGCUAUGCAGUUCACUUAUGGAAUAAGCAGAGUAGGAAGCUCAGGGUUGAGGAAGGAAGCAUAGUUGAUCACAUGAUGUCGGAUUGCUGCAUCUUCUGCAAUAAAUCAAAGUCCAAUCUGUAGAUACACAAGAAUAAGGACUGCAAUUGCCAAUUCUAGUGAGGCAUAUUGUUUGCAGUACAGCUUUAAGUAUACAUGUAGAGCUUGACUGUGGCUCUGGGACAAGCUCAGUCCAUUCCACUGUCAUUAUAGUGUCCAGUCCAAUCUUUAUUUUUGUUAACAAUUGAGUUAGAAUCUUGUUCUGUUGAGAUGGAGGUGUUGCUGAUGCUGGGGUCUAUCUCUUCUGAUCUCUUUCUUUUGUCCUGGUCUAUCAGUGCAAAGUGCAAAGCACAGAGAAGAGAGAUCACACCAUCUGAUGGCAAUUUGGUGAUUCAAUUGAUCCUUGGGGGAAACAAUAGAAUUUUCUUUUUGGGGCAGAUGAGGAAUUUUAUGAAAGCUGAGGGGUGGGAUUGAAAUUUGACGUUUGGAUUAGCUUUGUCAUAUGGUCAACUAUGGAUUUAUGUAUUUUUUUUUCAUUCAACAUAAUGUUAAUUUCAUGAAGUGUAAAGUGGGGAAAGUGAUGUCUCAUCUUUCAAUCAAUAUGAACACCUACCUUCUUCCCACA